UAUAUAAACCCAAAGAAUAAUUGCAGCAAUAAAUAUGGUGAAAUGGGCAAAAACUCUGGAACAAUAAUGAGUUCGAAAGACAUCCACAAAUUUGUUGAAAGAAGAAGGCGGAGAGACAUGAAAACACUGUUUUCUGCUUUGAGAUCCUUACUGCCGGAAGAAUACGUUAUGGGAACAUGUUCAACAGUAGAACAGUUAUCAGAAAGCGCUAACUAUAUUAAUCAUCUGCACGAAAAGAUUAAGAAGCUUACACAAACAAGACAGGAGAUGAGGAAAGAAAAAUUGUGCAGAAAUCUGUCUUUUUCUGUCCCAUCUGAGACUUGCCCUAUUGUUAGAGUAAGUUGUCAUGAUUGGGGUGUUUUGGUAUCAACAAACACACCAAAGUGUCAGAUCGUCUUGUCUGAUCUUCUGCUUGUAUUGGGAAAUAGUGGCCUUGAUAUCGUUAGUGCUGUUGCGUGUGUCAUGAAUGACAAAGUGUUCCACACCAUACAUGCCAAGAUUGGAGAGCUUCAUAGUUUUGACAUCAAAACUUCAUAUCAAAGUAUUUGGAACUUAGUAGGUAAAAAGACUUCGGAUGCAAAGGGACUUCACAAGUGA